UCAUAGCAAAGGCGAGUGAUUUUCCGGAAGAGAGGUUGCGGCUGAAACCUGGCUCCCUCAGUGUAGAUCGACGGCGAUGUACUAGGUGGCACAUAUAAUGGCAUGACAGAGCGCCAGACACGGGAUGUGGCUCGCCGAUUGGAUCGACGCAAGACAGGUAGCAUCUACAUGUUGCGAAAUGCUAGUCGCUGCUUGUAUUCGCUCCGGCUCCCCUCUUGCCUCGUGGCAUGCAUCAUCAGCUGCUCUGGUCGGAGCUGGUGGGAAUUGUGAGGGAGGUGCCAGAAAUUGGUGGCCGAGUAUAGUGUGUCCGAGUGGCAAAAUCUGCUCUACGGUUUUUUCUAUUCGUCACAGCGCCCUGGUGUAGACAACCGAAUAUGCACAGACAUCGAUAAACAAGUGGCAGGGGUACCCACUGCAGCAGCACGAGCCCGCCUAUUGCCUUGCUUUAUCUUGCCAACAGGACCAUUUGGCGGAGGAUGCUGAGGGUAAUGCUGCUCUUGGCGGCCUGGGUGCUUAGAUAUGGUUCGGGAGGUAGAUUGUGACCUAGCAUAAUGAUCC